CAUGGGACACUGGGUUCGGACUACGAAGUGCCAGCUGCUGGUGGCCAGCCUCUUUGUCAUGCUGCUUGCAAUAGCGAUAACCAUACUGACCAUUAUUCUCUACUAUGGAAAGCACUUCACAGUCAUAACUGAUGUCUCUUUGGAGACAAACCCCUACAGGAUUUUUCACAAUAUUGCUGUUUUCACUGGAAUCUGUCUGAGCAGUAUUUUGGCCACUGCUGCUCUGGUGAGCAUUGUCGCCACCGUAAGAGAACUGGAGAGUGUCGUGGCUGUGGUUUUUUUCUGUUUUGCUGUGGUGUUCUUUGCAUCUGUACAAGCAGCAUACUGGACAGUUACCAAAAGUGCUGAGGUUGAAGAUGCAAUGCUGGAUGUAUAUGACUUUGUUUAUGAGGAUAUAAGAAGCAACUCGUCCAACACCAGAAGACAGGAGCUACUUACCAUCCACAAAACGUUUCUAUGUUGUGGGAAGAAAUCACCCUUUGGAGAAGCAAGCUGCAUUGAAAGUGAGAUGUGCCAGUUAGAAAUGAUGGGAACAACAAAAGAGGAUUGCCUUCAAGAGAUCCAAAACUUCCAGAAAAAACACAUGAGGUUUGUCUCCAUACUGAUGACCAUCACUGUUAUCCUAAUGGUGUAUGAGAUGAUCUUAACUUCAUUCCUCUGGUUCUCAAUCCACUACAACAACAGUUUGGACCGGAAAGGCAGAUACGUUCUUGCAAAGCAAUAGGGUGUUGACUUCCCCCUGUACAAGGAGAAGGAUCAGGAUCACUGGAGAGCAUGAGAAAUUGGACCAUGUGUUGAAGCUGUGGGUGGACUAUGGGUGGCCCUUCAUGCAUGGUCUGAUUAUUCAAUCUACUUGUUUUCUUUUCACAAACCUGCUGUUUCAUAUGUGGUUUGACCAAGAUUAUGCAGCCGAGAAAGCUGUGGCAUCUGUAGAGAGGGACUGAAAAAAGUGAUGAUCAGCCAGGACAUUGGAAGCAUGCAGUGUGGAAACAUGAAGACAGAAUAUAUACAAGGAACCAAGAAAAUGCCCAGCCACAAGCUGAAAACAAUAAUUUAGAGCCUCCAAAAUAGCUAGUCAAAACAGAACAACAUACCCAGAGAAAAGGAAACCCAAAGAAAUGGAAACUGCUCUGCUCAAGAGCCAGCAAGACAUUUUUAGGAGAGAGAAAGAAAAACAGCAGCUUGUUUUACAUUAUUCUUUUCCACUGUUUUAUGGCCAGGUCUGCUGAACCCGAAUUAGAGAGGCCAUUCACAUGACCUACCGGGCAGGUGGAGGGAAGGCUUCCCAAACCUUGCCUUCUCCCCAGAUGAUUGUUGGUUACUUGGUGGGAGCGCGGAGUGGACUCCCACACAAUCAGCCCUGCUCUGUGCAGUGCAGAGCAUGGCAGAUUGAUCUGAGCCAAGACUCAUUGUCCUAGCCUCCGUGACCCACAAUGCACUGCGCAACAUGCUCUAGGCUCCCAGCUCUGUGUCUAUGGGGGCUAAUUUAGCAUUUAGUUCUGGUUAAGGGAGUAUUCGCUCCCUUAAUCUCAGCUGACAGCCGGGUUUGAAAGCAGGGCUAGGUGGUGCUGCCCUACCAGGUUUGGGCCCGAUGCCACUGGUUCCCACGCACAGCCUAACCCGGGCUGGGCGUGAGAACAGCUUCAGAGUCUGUUUGCAUUUUUUGUAUAUUUAGUUUCAGGAAAUGAAAAUACUCUGACUAGAAAAAAAACACCCAAUUAUUUAUAAUAAAAAAAUAAACCAAUUGCAGCAGAAAAGGGGGUACAAUUCUAUUUUAUUAAGUUUAGGCCCCAACCCAGCUAAAGCUAGUCUGACUGAAACUAAUUAAAGAAAUGAACUAGAUUGGAGCUCUAAUAAUCUGAACUGUGGAUUUAUAGUACAAUUGGCAAAAGCACAGAUUUGAAUUGGGUAUUUCAAACUCUUUCUUUUUCCUCUUUAUCUGUUUUAGCACUGCCUCACAGGUCUUUGUUAUCAGCUAGAUGCAAAUACGAAUCUAUUGCCAUCCCUUUAAAAGACUUAACUAGAUCAAAUGCUUGAUCUCACAAUACUUUUUUCUGUUCUGGUUACUGGACCAUUUCAGUACUCAAAGUUCUGUUGUAGGAGUUGAUUUUUGAAGGCACCCUUUCCACAGGAUGUGGGUUGUCUAGUAUGUAUUAUGUGCUUAACUUAAUGUUUUUGUAUACUUAACUUUGACCCCUAGCCCUGAAAAAGUGUGCCAUGAAAAACACUGACAUUGGCUCAAUGUCAUUAAUCAAUAACACCAACUUUAAUACAGGUUUCAACAUUCUCAGUUUACUAGUAGGUUGUACAUUAAAAGGCACAUUGGAGAACAUUGGGCUGUCUAUCAUAUGUGGUCCUGUUGAAAUUCUGACUGGGGUUGGUAUGUUCUGCAUCCAGAAUGCAAGCCUAUUUUCUGGAUAUAUCCAGUCUGGAUUUAUCUUCUGAAUCUGGAUGAAGUAUGCAGUUUGGACAUUUAUUUCUGGAACGUUAAACGGUAGUAGCUAUACACACUGUAAUAUACCCUGCCUUCAGUUAAGAAGAGCUCGUGUGAGGACAGAGCAAACAAGAAAUGUAUUAUUACAAUUGUAUUUAAUACUUUUUUAAUACUAUCACUAUUAAAAUUUUCUUUAUUCUGAA